UGCCAGUUGAUCAGUGCCGCCUAUCAGUGCCACCUAUCAGUGCCAGUCAGUGCCACCUAUCAGUGCCAUUCAGUGCCGCCUAUCACUGUGUAUCAGCGCCACCUAUCAGUGCCUGUCGGUGCUGCCCAUCAAUUGCCGCCUAACAGUGCCAGUCAGUGCCGCCUAUCCAGUGCCAUAUAUGAGUUCUGCCUUUCAGUGCCCAUCAGUGAUGCCUGUCAAUGCCCAUCAUUGCCACCUGCCAGUGCCUCCUCAUCAGUGCCCAUCAGUGCCACCUGUCAGUGCCCAUCAGUGCAGCCUAUCAGUGCCCAUCACUGCAGGCUCAUU